UAACCCGAGGCUGCCGGCGAAUAAGAUGCUACGGAGCUGAGGCUUUUACUACAAGUCGUCGGCUACACGGUUUUUUCGUUGUUCAAGUAGACGCAUGCGCCCACACAAAAGGUUUCCUAAAAUGAACGUUAGCUUCUGGGGAAGUUUCAGUCCCACGGUGCCAUUCACAGCGUGUAACGGGAAAACGCCGACGACUAAACUUUGGACCUGAAAUACGCCGACACGAACAGCCUGUCCUCAGCUCACUUCCGUGUGCGUUGGUCUCGAUUUGCCUCGGAUAACAGGUGCAGAGCUCGGUGGAUGGCAAAGCAGGCCUGGUGAGUGGACGCAGCUAGAGGGAGAAGAAAAAGUCUCGCAGUUACUUUGUGAUGGAUGUGGAGGACCUGGAGGAACCAGAGUCAGAUGUUGAGGAACAUGGCACGACGAGGCCUUACAAGGAACCAAAAGGCACCCUCAGUAAGAUGAGACAACAGUCUGGUAACAGUGCAACUGAGCCUGACCUCUAUGGAGCUGAGUUUGCGGGCUUCCUGCCUGCCUAUCCAGUGUGUAUGCCACAUGACAGGUGGGGAGACAGAGGAGGAGGGGGAGGAGAGGAUAUCCAAGACGACGUGUUGCAUUCAUGUUGCACAGCAGAGGGCAGCAUUGAUCGGGCAAGUUCAAGCUCCAUGCUAGAGUACCUGGUGUAUUUAGAUGACCAGCACAACAUAGCAGACUGUACCAUUACCAGACCUGUCACCCCUCCUGUUACUCCAGGAACCCACAGAGCUUGUCCGUUCAUACCUCUUCCAAGUUCAGUGGCAACUGUGGCCACUACAGUUAGCUCUAUAGGUAAUCCAGCGGUAUCUGGCCCCAUGACUGACACCUGUACUCCCAUUAGUUCCAUGUGCAGUCCCACUGGCUCAGCCUGGGCCACUCUCAGAUCCACAUCCAAGAGUCCUGGCUGCUCUGAUAGGAAUCCAGUCAGUGCUGCAGCUCACCUACACCUCCUGGGAGAGUCCUUGUCCCUGAUUGGACACCAUCUUCAGGAGACAGAUAAAAUGGUGUGCAUGUCCAGUAGCUUGUCUCUGCUCUUGGACUCCCUAGUGUGUGCCUUGGCUCCUCUAAUCUGCCUGACCGCACAGAUACCAGAGCUCAGGAGCUGCACAAAACACACAAUGGCCUCAACUAUGGAAAACAUCUCUUAUGUGAUGCCUGGGCUGUGACUGAUGAUGAAGACCCCACUGGCCACAUACACAGCAAGUUCUCAUAUGCUGAAAGACACUUUAGGUUAGUUUACAUAUAGAAAAUCUAUUUCAAUAUGUAUCUAUUUUGUUCUAAAAGAAUAUUUGUUUGCACUUUACACUUUAUUUUUGUGUUACGUACAAGUAUGUAAGUUUACUUGAAUGUAUCAGUUAACAUUUUUGUAUUGGUUGUUUAAUUAAAAGAUAUAUUUGAACACUAAAUUCCCUAACUUUUCUUCAUUAGAAUAGUGACACUUCAUAGGAGACAGUUGAGAUGCAGAAGCCACUCAUUAAUUAAUUAAUUUCUCCUUUACAUGUGUGAUCGUUGCAUUGACGAGCUCUUCCAAUAAGCCAAGAGCAACCAUAGAUGGGAGACCGGAGCUCAUCAGGAGCUCAAGCUGUAGGUGUUUGUGUUUCCAGAUCUGUAAUUCUGCAACAUAACCACUUGACUGAUGUCAGCCUAAAUAUAUGAUGAGAGAUUAAAGCCAAUUCCAUGUGGUUUUAUAAAUUACUAAAUCACCUCUGGUUCGUACUGUAAAUCUUUACUUUUGAAAUGUAACUGUAAGACAAAUUUCAUAAUGAGGUCAAU